AUUAUUAAUAAUUGAAAGAAAAAAUAAAUCUGUUUUACGUAUUUUCGUAAUUGAUAAUUGUACAAUCUCACCAUGUCGGUUUGUACUCGCCGGAUAAUUACCGGCGAAUUGUCGUCGCCGAUAGCAAGGUAUCAUAUUCCGGUAACAAAACUUCCAGCUGUCCGGUCACCAGAUUAUCUCUCUUCCACAUCUGUUCAUCAUUUCAUAAGCAAUACUCGCCGGCCGACCUCAAUCGCUAGCAGAUCAACGAGAACGAAAUUUUACGUAAUUGCGGCAGCGGAAUCGACCGGUGUAUUCCGCCGCCGCGGACGCGAUGGCGGAGAGAAUGGGAAAUGGAGGAGGAGGAGGAGGUGUGCGGUGGGAGAUCAGGUUGUGGAGAUUAAUGAGAACCGGAAAAGUAGUAAUCGACGGGCGGAGGUGGCGGUUGCAGCGACGGCUACGGUGGUGCUAGGUGUAGGGAAUCGCGUGCUUUACAAGUUGGCGUUAGUGCCUUUGAAGAACUAUCCUUUCUUCUUGGCUCAACUCGCCACUUUCGGAUAUGUACUCGUAUACUUCUCUAUCUUAUACGUACGGUAUCAUACUGGCAAGGUUACUGAUGAAAUGCUUUCCCUUCCAAAAAUUCCAUAUGUUGCUGUUGGUCUAUUAGAGGCUCUUGCUGCUGCGUCUGGCAUGGCAGCUGGAGCUAUUCUUUCUGGCGCCACAAUUCCAAUACUCUCACAGAGCUUUCUUGUCUGGCAACUUCUCCUGUCUUUUAUUUUCCUUGGGAGAAGAUAUAGCCUCAACCAGUUGUUUGGGUGCUUUCUCGUGUCUGUUGGUGUUAUAGUAACUGUAGCAAGUGGAUCUAGUGCUGGAUCUUUGAUGGACGGUGGUGUAUUUUGGAGUCUUUUGAUGAUAGUUUCUUUUUUGUUACAAGCUGCGGAUACUGUCUUGAAGGAAGUAAUAUUCCUGGAUGCUGCUAAAAGGCUGAAGGGAGGUAAUGUUGAUCUGUUUGUUGUGAACUCGUUUGGAUCGGCUUACCAGGCAGUUUUUAUAUGCCUUCUCCUCCCAUUUUUGUCGAAGUUAUGGGGUGUUCCAUUUACUCAACUGCCAAACUAUCUUAGAGAUGGUGCUGCAUGCUUUUUGAACAUCGGCACAUUAUCCAGUGGGUGUGCUGGUGCACCUCUUCUACCGCUGCUGUUUAUCAUUGUCAACAUGGGUUACAAUAUAUCAUUGUUACAUCUGCUUAAGAUUUCCUCUGCUGUGCUAUCUUGUCUCGCGUCUACAGUUUCAGUACCAAUCUCAGUCUUUUUAUUCACAUUACCAUUACCAUAUCUUGGCGUUGCGUCCUCCCUCCCACCCGGUUUCAUUUCAGGAGCCAUCAUCCUCGUCAUAGGAAUGCUUGUCUAUACUUGGAGGCCAUCAAGUCGCCUAAAUAAUCAGGAAGUUGAUUGCCACUGUUAACUUCCGUCCCUUGUCACAUUUGAGGUAGACGAAGAUAUGACACCAUUCUCCAACUUCCACAAGAAGUAAACGAGGGAUUGAUGAUGAGCGGGCAAAAGCCCCCAGAUCUCCUGGUUUGUGAGCGGGGUUCAACCCUUUUUUUUUUCUUAGCUGCUCUGGAUUCUAUUCUAGAUGCUACUUACUUACAUAUUCCGUAGGAUUAUGGUGAAUUUUUUUUUUCAGUGCUUGCCUCUCAAACCACUUUUCUGAAAAUCAUUAUCAAUCAAUGGAGGUUUGACAGGAUUAUUACUCAAAUCCGUUGCUCUUUUUAAAUGCAUGGAGUCUGUACCAUUCAUGUCCUUAUAAAUUUGUUCCAAUGCCAGAGUUGGUUGUUGUAUUUUCUAGAAGUACAGAAACAGGGGCGGAAGUAGAAGUUCAGAUACGGGUGCAGCCAAACCCAAUAGUUUUUUACUCGUAAAGUGUAUUUAUGUUACGAAAUUCUUUGAAUAUAUACACAAAAUUUGAUCCGGUUAUUAGCACUUGUAGUAGUUGUUCUAAAAUUCAGCUUUUUGGUUGUUCUGCUGUUCUAGUAGGAUUUUACUUAAAACUGUGUUUUAUAGCCACAUUCUAGAGGUUUUGGCAAAGUUAAAUGUCAAAUUGAUGACAAACUGUAUAUGGCUAUUUUUUCUGAACUAUCCACAGGUGCUGUUAAGGCUCUUCAAAGUUAGUUCUUUGGACA